AUGUUAAGUCGAACUUGGAAAUCACUUCCAUUAAGACAUGCUACAUUUCAAUCAAGAUCUUUAGCAACAGAAGCAAACAUAAACCCCAAUAGAAUUCAUGGUGGAUUAAAAGAUUCUGAUCGAAUUUUCCAAAAUUUAUAUGGUUAUUAUGGACAUGAUUUAAAAUCUGCACAAAAGAGAGGUGAUUGGUAUAAGACAAAAGAAUUAGUCCUUAAGGGAGAUUCAUGGUUAAUUGAUCAAAUUAAAAAAUCCGGUUUAAGAGGUCGUGGUGGUGCUGGUUUUCCCUCUGGAAUGAAAUGGUCAUUUAUGAAUCCACCAGGUUGGGAAAAAAAUCCUGGUCCAAGAUAUGUUGUUAUUAAUGCAGAUGAAGGUGAACCUGGUACUUGUAAAGAUCGUGAAAUUAUGAGGAAAGAACCUCAUAAAUUAAUUGAAGGUUGUCUAUUAUCAGGUAGAGCAAUGAAUGCAACAGCGGCUUAUAUUUAUAUUCGUGGUGAAUUUUAUGAUGAAUAUUUAAUUUUACAAAGCGCUAUAGAUGAAGCUUAUAAACAUGGAUUAAUUGGUCAAAAUGCAUGUGGAUCUGGUUAUGAUUUUGAUGUUUAUAUUCAUAGAGGUAUGGGUGCUUAUAUUUGUGGUGAAGAAACUGCAUUAAUUGAAUCAUUGGAAGGUAAACAAGGUAAACCAAGAUUAAAACCUCCAUUCCCUGCUGCUGUGGGUGUUUUUGGUAGACCUUCAACAGUGACAAAUGUUGAAACUGUUGCAGUUGCUCCAACUAUUUUACGUCGUGGUCCUGAUUGGUUUAGUUCAUUGGGGAGAGAACGUAAUGUUGGUACAAAAUUAUAUGGUAUUUCAGGUCAUGUUAAUAAACCAUGUGUUGUUGAAGAAGAAAUGUCAAUCCCUUUGAAAGACUUGAUUGAAAAACAUUGUGGUGGUGUUAGAGGUGGUUGGGAUAAUCUUUUAGCAAUUAUUCCAGGUGGUUCUUCAACUCCUUCAUUAAAUCAAGAAAUGUCAGGUAAAGCUCUUAUGGAUUAUGAUGGAUUAAAAGAUGUUGGUUCAAGUUUAGGUACAGGUGCAGUUAUUGUUAUGGAUAAAUCAACAGAUAUUAUUAAAGCAAUUUCAAGAUUAUCAGAUUUUUAUAGACAUGAAUCAUGUGGUCAAUGUACUCCAUGUAGAGAAGGUACAACUUGGUUAUCUAAAACAAUGCAAAGAUUUGUCAUUGGUGAUGCUAAACCAAAAGAAAUUGAUAUGAUUAUUGAAAUGAGUAAAAGAAUUGAAGGUCAUUCAAUUUGUGGUUUAGGUGAUGCCUCUGCAUGGCCUGUUCAAGCUUUAGUUAAAAAUUUUAAACCUUUAUUAUUAGAAAGAAUGGAACAAUUCCAUAAAGAAAAAACUGAUAAAGUUCAAUAUGGUGGUUGGGUUAAAGAUGCUAAAGUUUUUGAUGGUCGAGUUCAUGGAUUACCUCAUGAUUUCCAUCAUUAA